AACCGAUAAAUGUAAGGUUGUGAGUACGAUAAUGUGUGUGGUCGGGGGGAGGCGGGGCGGGGCGGGGGCCGGGGCGGCAGUGAGGGACGCCGAGGCUGCUGUGUGGAGGCGCCGAGCCACGGCGUUAGUAAAUCAAUGCAAUGAUGGCGAACCCUUACGGAAUAUUUCCCACCAUGCCGACCAACAGUAACACCACGCUCCUGUGUGCUCAGUGCAAAAAGUUUUUCACGUACAUGGACAGUGUGGUGCUGUGUGAGGGCGCGUGCAAGCGUUGGUACCACAGCAAGUGUGCCAAGCUGCCCGAGAACAAGUACCGCGUCAUCCAGGACCGCGACGAGAACCGCAGCCUCGGGAUCAAGUGCAUGUGGGCCUGCAAGGACUGCAGGGACCGCCCGGACACACCCAGGGACACCGAGUUUGAGUCCUACGUCAGAGAGAGACUAGGGAAAUUAGGACAAGUACUUGAAUAUUUGGUGUCCAAAAUUCAAGACAUUGAAAACAGGCAAAAAAAUCAAGAAGUGGAAAUGAGCAAGUUCUGGCAGCAACAGCAGACCACCGUUGCCAUGCAAGGGGCUGCCCUGCCCAGUCCAAGAACCUCACACAUCUUCCAAGACUAUGGCAAUCAGGGACACCAUUCUGGUCAACAACUUACAGCCAAUGCACAACAAACCACCAAAGAUCAUAUCCAUGGAUUCACCCCAAUGGAGCACAAAAUUAUUCAUGAAGUUAAAUUAAAAAUGGACUCAGGUGCAGGCAAGCAGCAGGAGGUUGAGGGGCACACUGGUGAUGGCUUGCACCUCAUGAGGCCCCUGAUUGACCCCAUCACUGGCCAGGAGAUCGAGGGCACACAAACACAAGAAGCUGGUGAUGCCCUCUACAACUUCACAGGCAACUUCUCUGGGGCUGCGGCAGCACAGGGUCAAGGUUCAUCUGGACUCAAGGAGGCAAUGGAGUGUCAUUAUGGUGAUUGUAAGUGCAUCAAGCAAGAAUCACAUGGUGAGGCAUCAGCAACUAAGCCAUGUUCUGGUAAACAUUGUAACUGUACUUGUAAAACUCACAAAAUUGUUAUGGCACACAAAAAGGAAAAUGUUGGCAAAAUUCACAAAUGCCCACACUGUGACUUCACCAGUAAGCGGUCAGAUAAUGUCAAGCGACACAUGUUGCGCCACACAGGAGAAAGACCUCACAAGUGUCCCCACUGUGACUUCAGUGCCAAGAGACCGCACUCCCUCAAAAAACACAUUGAAAAUAUUCACAAUAAAGAUCUCAGAGGACAUGAACUCAUGGAUAGCAUCCAUAAUAAAGAUCUCAGGGCUCAUGGCAUAGUUGAAGAUAUUCACAACAAGGAUCUUAGAGGAGAUGGUAUUGUUAGAUAAAAUGUACAUUGUUUCAAGUUUUCAUGAACUUGUAGGUAUAAAGUAUUCAAACAAAAAUUCUGAAACUAACUGAACUCCAGAUGAAAUGUAGUUAGUGGGAUAUAAACUAUCCUAAAGGGGAUAACAUUUGAUAUGAAUAUAGGUAUGUGUGGCUCUGAUUCAAGUUUUGCUGCUUCUGUGAAGAAUUGCAUUACAUAUUGUUUAAUUUUUCAUGAUACAUCUUUUGGGGUAUUUUCUGUCGGGCUAAAAUGGUGCCUCCAUGGUGAAGUGGUAGCACACUAGGUACAAAUACAAGGGCUUAUAUUUGAAUCCUGGCCUGGGCCAGAAUUUGAUACUCAGCCCACCCAGCUGUUCAUCCUCAUGUUAGGGCUGGUUUAUAAACCUAGGGAAACCUGGGGAAGGUAACUGUGGUAAUAUAAAUGUCACAUUGGCCCUGUGUCCUGGGGAAAUGGAUUAUUUCUCAUCACAGGCUCAAGGGUCAGUGUGGCAGAGAUGAGGACUGACCUAAUCUUUACCUUUAAAAUGAAUGAAGAUAUCUACUGUUCCCUCUAAUGUUGAUCUUUUAUAAGUACACAUUUAUUUUUUGUCUUUCAGUUUUGUUCCUCUAAUUCAAGUAGUAUUUUCAUGUGAUGCUUUUUUUUCUCUUCAUUUUCAAAACAUAUUUGAGCACUGACAUCUGAGUAUUUAUCCCAGCUGGUGAGUUAGGUUCACAUGACAUUGCCUUCUCUCAAAUUUUUAUGAAAUUGUUGUACCACUAUGUGUAUAUGCAUUACU